UUCUCUGUCUUUGCGUGCGGUUCAGUUGUAGAAGUAGGAAGAAUCGUUCAAGUAGAGGCGAGAUCCGUGCGUUUUCCUUUUACCCGACUCGAAUACAUUUUAUAUAAACAAAAAAAGGAAUUCUUAAAUAUUAAAUAUAUGAACUGUACAACAAAUGCAAAUAAGUAACUUUUAAACUCGAAACACCAACAAGAAAUCAAAGCGAGUUACGGCAGCAGAAAGAAAAAAUAAAAGAAAAUAGCCUUUUGUUUAGCAAUUGUGCAAUACGUUAAAAAAGCCAAGCGAAAGCAGAACAUAGAGAAACUGUCGAAAAAAUUUAAUACGCAUCAUAAAAGAAUCUCGGCAACAGCAACAACAAUAUUGUGCAACACAAAGUAAACAAUUGUAAAAGCUUUAACAAAAACACACUCGCCCACACACACAUAUAUAUACACACUCACACACAACAACAAAAUGAGUGUAUGUGAGAACAAGACCGUUGUGCAACAGCAGUUGCAACAACAGGCCGCCGCUGCCGUUGCGGCUGCCGCAGCCGCCGCAGUUGCUCAGCAGCAGCAGCAACAACAACAGCCCACGCAAGUGGUGCCACAGCCGCAGCACAUGACGCCCCAACAACAACAACAGAGCACACAAAGCAUUGCCGACUAUUUGGCCCAAUUGCUAAAGGAUCGCAAACAGUUGGCCGCAUUUCCAAAUGUCUUUACGCAUGUGGAGCGCCUGCUGGAUGAAGAAAUUGCACGCGUGCGCGCUUCCCUAUUCCAGAUUAAUGGCGUUAAAAAGGAGCCACUUACCCUGCCGGAGCCCGAGGGCGCUAUGGUUACGCUGAAUGAGAAGGUUUAUGUGCCAGUGCGUGAGCAUCCAGAUUUCAACUUUGUUGGUCGCAUUUUGGGACCACGCGGCAUGACAGCCAAACAAUUAGAACAAGAGACUGGUUGUAAGAUAAUGGUACGCGGCAAGGGCUCCAUGCGGGACAAGAAGAAGGAGGAUGCCAAUCGUGGUAAACCGAACUGGGAGCACUUGUCUGAUGAUCUGCAUGUCCUGAUCACUGUUGAAGAUACAGAGAAUCGCGCCAAAGUCAAACUGGCUCAGGCUGUCGCUGAAGUGCAAAAGUUGCUCGUGCCGCAAGCCGAAGGCGAAGAUGAGCUAAAGAAACGUCAACUUAUGGAAUUAGCCAUUAUUAACGGCACUUAUAGGGACACAACAGCAAAAUCAGUCGCAGCUUUCUCAUGCGUUGGUUCUCCUUCUGCUUCUGUUCUGUAUCCCGCAGUGUGCGAAGAGGACUGGCGCCGUUUGGUUGCUGCAUCGGAUAGUCGCCUGUUGACGCCCACACUGUCCGGACUGGCUACACAGCUACGUUCACCCGCUAAUGCACCGCUGGGCGCACCCUUGAUACUUAAUCCACGCAUGACAGUGCCCACAACAGCGGCAAGCAUACUGUCCGCCCAGGCAGCGCCGACAGGUGCCUUCGAUCAGACCGCCCAUGGCAUGAUCUUUGCGCCGUAUGGUGACUACGCGAAUUAUGCUGCACUGACCGGCAAUCCUCUGCUGACGGAGUAUGCAGAUCAUAGCGAUGCACCUACAAUUGAGGCGCAGCCAGGAAACAGCAGCAAGAGAUUCGCAUAUGAUGUACUAAGAUCAGAUGGAAGCAGCAGCAUCAACAGCAGCAUAUUAACAACCAUAAGGGGAACAGCUGUGGGAGCGGAAACGGAACCGGAAGCAGUGUGGCAGUGGCAGUAACCCAGCAUUGUUUGCCAUUUUGUAUGGAAUGUGAAAUGCUAAUUGCAAGUUGUGCAAGACCCACUUGUUACUGACAACUACUAAAAUAACACACAACUCACACCACACCCACACCCUCACAACAACAUACAAGAUCACAUGUAUAUGCUCUACAAAAACAUAUCCACUCAAAGUCUGUGGCCUGUUGCUUGAACCUGCAGCACUCAUCUAAAUGCAACAGCAGCAACUGCAACUGCAAACAACAACAACAACAGCAAGAAGAAGCAGAAAAUAAUGUAUUGAAUUUUGUGGCCAUUUCUGUUGCGUUUUGCCAGCCAGCAAACAAAACGAAACAAACAAUUACAUUAACAAAUCAAACAUAGUUUUUAGAUUAAAUUAAAAACAUACAAAAAAAAAACAUGAAAGAAAGAAGAACACACAUAAUUAUUAUCUAUUAACCACUUUUAAGUUAUAGUACAUAGUGAAAAGUUCAGCGAACAAAAAUUACUUAAUUAAACUGCAGUCUCGUGCAUACAACCAUUGUGCAUAUAACAAAUAUCAAUUUGUUUAUAAAAAAAAAAAUUAAACAAAAACAGAGAAUAUCAAUUACCGAAUCUCAUCUGCAAAACGUUUUUUAUAACAUUGUAUUUUUUUUGAACAUCAAACAACGCGAUGAAGAAUCUUUUUUGUAGUUUUUUUAAGGCUAAACAAUUGUUUUAUCUGUGUAAUUAAUCACACACACACGCACACACACACAGACGCACAUCCACUCAUUAGGCGGCAAUUAAUUGUUGUAUGCUCUGAUAAUUUAUAAGAUUAUAACAAAAUAUCCAUUAUGCGAGUAUAUUUUUGUUAAAUUGACGCAAAUUCAUUGUUAAUGAAGAAUUUCGAUUAUGAUUAUGUUAUAUACUUUAUACACCCACUUACACACACACACACACACACUCACAUCAAUAUUAAGUAUAUAUAUCGCGCUGAUUGUGAGCGCGUGUGCUUAUUAAAUAAUACAAAAUAAAAGUAACAGCCAUAUUUAGUUAAUGAAAAGUAACGAAUAUCAAGCAUUAAUAAUGUACAAGUAAAAGCUAAAUAGUUUUAAUGUCUAGUGUUAAUAUUGAGCUCAAGCACAAUGUAUUAUACACCAGAAAGAAAAAAACAAUGUUAAAUAAAUAAUUCAUGAUGGGUAAAAGAUUUUUGACCAAAAUACCGCAUAUAAAACACAA